AUAAAACGGAAGCUUUAUUAACGCAACUGAGGAAUCGUCACUACUGGUGUAUUUCUCGUCAGCGUUGCUGGGGUACACCAAUUCCGGUGUUCUUUCGCCAGGAUGGCAGUGCUGUUGUUGGACAGGAUAUCAUUGAUGCGAUAGCGCAACGUAUUGAGCAACAUGAUGCGGAUAUAUGGUGGCAACUGGAUGCGAAUACUUUAUUUCCUGCAGAGUUACGCGAUAAGUAUGGAAUUGGGGCGGACGAAAAAUUGGAGAAAUCCCAUGAUAUAAUGGAUGUAUGGAUGGAUAGUGGCAUGGCCUGGAGUGCAACGCGUGACAGGCCGGAUGAACAAGUUGACCUUGUUGUAGAAGGUGGCGAUCAAUUCCGUGGCUGGUUCCAGUCACUUGCAUUGACCUCACAAGCAAUAACUGUGAGUUUUCGUUCCAGGAGAUAA